AUGACUUCCAACAGCAUAAUCAACUUCAUCCUCAACAACCCCGACUUCGAACAUCACCUCCACCUCAGCGUCGCCGAGCUACGCAACGCACUAUCUACAAACCCAACAGACACGUCUACGGACGAGAAGCCAAAGUCUAGAUUCCAUGACUUAACCCAGGGGUUGGAUGAUGAGCAAAAGAAGAAGACGCUGGAGGUCCUAGAGAAGAUUUUGGCGGACACGCAGAAGAAGAAGUGCACUAUCUUCGAAGCCAUAGUCGAAAUAACAGUACAACUCACGGAAAUGCCUUACAAUCCAGUUCAUUGGAGCUUGAGAGCAUCUUUGCUUCUAGAAAUCGGGUAUCCUGAGUUAGCCGCAGGAGACGCGAGAAAGUCUCAAAAGCUCUCCACAGCUAUGCUCAGCGGAGAAGGAGUCGGUAUUGCAGCAAGAGCCGAACCUGUCUACUUUGGAAAAAGUGUGGAGGAACUUCAUCUCGAAGCCUUCGGAAUUCUUGCUCGGGCACUUAAUGAGGCAGGUGCUUUUGUCAACCUUCGAGAGAUGUGCUUAGAAGCAAGGGCCUUGUACUCCGCCGACAAUAUCUUCACGGCCGAAUUUGAAACCUCUGCUGCUCGUAUCAAAGAGCUGAAGAACGAACAGCGACGACGCGCAAUGAGCUAUCCACAUGUGGCUCGACAGAACCUACUGGGCGCCACUGAGAUUCUACAGUUUGGCUUUGUGGAUUUUCGACGAUACCCCUUUAUGCCACUCGAAUACCUUCAUCGAAAUGCGGCUCUCUUUGAAGCUACCAAUACCACUAUUCUAGCAAUGACACCAGUUAGUGUACAACCUAGCAAUGUUGUCACUAAUUCAGGCUAGCGCUAAUGCAACAGCCUUCGAUCACACCUUUCCCUUCGCGGCUACAGCAUCUAUCUUCUCCCCACCUCGUGUUGCACGUGGCAUCACUGAUUUUGGGUUGAGCUAAGUGAGUCGUAAGAAAGCACAUUCUGUAACCUCAUUUGGCGAUUUGGGGCCUGCUGAUGCGAGCAUACCGCUCUUUGCGUAACACUAAUCAGAGGGAAUGGAAGGAGGAUAUGCCGAGCAGAG